GCCUCCGCCGCCGCCGCUGCUGCUGCUGUCUCUGAGGCGCCUGCCGCGAGCGGGGCUGGGGGCCGGGCUCACAGCAGAUCCCUACUUGGCUCUGAGUUUAAAGCUUUUUUCUGUAUAACUGGGGUCAAGAGAAAUCUUUGAGCUGGAAUCCCUCAAAUAACCUUCAAAGAUGAAGGCAGCAGAUGAGCCUGCCUACCUGACAGUGGGAACUGAUGUCAGUGCCAAGUACCGUGGUGCCUUUUGUGAGGCAAAGAUUAAGACAGUGAAAAGGCUGGUGAAAGUCAAGGUGAUCCUGAAACAGGAUAACUCAGCUCAGUUAGUGCAAGAUGACCAAGUAAAAGGACCUUUAAGAGUUGGUGCAAUGGUUGAAACUAAGAUGCCUGAUGGAUCCUUUCAAGAAGCUGUUAUCAACAAAUUGACAGAUGCCAGCUGGUAUACUGUAGUUUUCGAUGAUGGAGAUGAGAGGACGUUGAGACGAACUUCAUUGUGCUUGAAGGGGGAGAGACACUUUGCAGAAAGUGAGACACUUGACCAACUGCCACUAACAAAUCCAGAGCACUUUGGAACUCCAGUAAUUGGGAAGAAAUCCAACAGAGGAAGAAGAUCUUCUCUUCCUGUCACUGAAGAUGAAAAAGAGGAAGAAAGUAGUGAAGAGGAAGAGGAAGAUAAGAGACGUCUUAAUGAUGAAUUGCUUGGCAAAGUUGUCAGUGUAAUUUUUUGUUUGGAGAAGACUGACUGGUAUCCGGCUUUGGUAAUAUCUCCCAGCUGUAACGAUGACAUCACAGUGAAAAAGGACCAGUGUUUAGUUCGAUCUUUUGCAGAUUCCAAAUUUUAUUCAAUAGCAAGAAAGGACAUCAAAGAACUAGAUGUAAACCUAUCAAAAUCUGAUCUGUCUGCUAAAAAAGGGUUACAGGAAGCAAGCACUUUCUUAAACACAAAAGCUGUUCCUGAUAACUGGAAAAUGGACAUGAGUGAAAUCCUGGAGUCCUCCAGCAGCGAUGAGGAAGAUGGCGCUGCUGCAGAAAGUGAUGAAGAGGAAGACAAAGUGGAAGAAAAGGAGGAAGAAGUAGUGCCUGAGGAAGAGCUUGAUCCUGAAGAGAGGGACAACUUCCUCCAACAGCUUUACAAGUUUAUGGAAGACAGAGGUACUCCUAUCAAUAAACCUCCUGUUCUGGGCUACAAGGAUCUUAACCUCUUCAAACUUUUUAGACUGGUGUAUCAACAGGGUGGGUGUGACAAUAUUGACAGCGGUGCUGUAUGGAAGCAAAUUUAUAUGGACCUUGGCAUUCCUAUUUUGAACUCAGCUGCUUCCUACAAUGUAAAAACUGCUUAUAGAAAGUAUCUUUAUGGUUUUGAAGAAUACUGCCGCUCUGCAAACAUUCAGUUCAGGACCAUCCAUCAUAAUGAACCAAAAGUGGUAGAAGACAUUCAGAAACAAGAAGAACCAAUGGAGGAAAGUGUAAAAGAGGAACAAGAAAUGCUUCCAGCAGAAGUAAAAAAUGAAGCAGAAGAAAAUGAUUCCAGCAGCGAAAGUGAAAAAGAAGAACUAGAAUUAAGAUCCCCGAGAGGACGGAGGAGACUUGCUCGCGAUGCAAUAACUACUAAAAAAGAAACUGAAGAGGAUAAAAUGCAGGACAAAUUAAAAGAUAGCAACAAAGAAAAUAAAGAUGUAGAGGAAACACUUGAGAAUGCAGAGAAGAAAGAAAAUGAGACACCACUCGGGAGAAAGAACACACCAAAGCAAAAAGAAAAGAAAAUGAAAAAACAAGAGGAAUCUGAUAAAGAAUCUGAUGAAGAGGAAGAGAGAAGGCAAGAGAGGGAGGAAAUUGAAAACAAAGGAGAAUCAGAAGGGGAGGAAGAUGAGGAGGACUCAGAGCCCUGUCUAACGGGAACCAAAGUGAAAGUAAAAUAUGGACGUGGAAAAACUCAGAAAAUUUAUGAAGCCAGUAUUAAAAGCACAGAAAUUGAUGAUGGAGAGGUUUUAUAUUUAGUACAUUACUAUGGCUGGAAUGUAAGAUACGAUGAAUGGGUGAAAGCUGAUCGGAUUAUCUGGCCUUUGGACAAAGGAGGACCAAAGAGAAAACAAAAGAAAAAAGCAAAAAGUAAAGAAGACCAGGAAAAGGAUGAAAAGAAGGAUGAGGAAAAACAGAAAUCAAAACGUGGCCGCCCCCCUCUGAAAUCUACUCUUCUGUCAAACAUGUCUUGCAGUUUAUCCAAAACACCUAAUAGUGAAGGUAAAGCAGGAGCCAGAAGUACACGGAGCAAUAUGUCAGAUUGCUCGUCAUUACCAAAUGGAACAGAAGGAACACCUCGCAGGCAGACGAGACGUAGCUCAGGAAUGUUUGAUUCUGAUAGAGGAUCAAACGAUUCUGGUUCAUCUGACAGUGAAGCUGAUGAGACUUCUGAAAAGAGUAUGAAUGAAGAAUUUUCUGCAGAAAUUUCAGAUAUGGAAAAAAAUGAAAAACUAAUUGAUGAGAAACCUGAUGAAGAAAACCCAAAGAUCCCACAUGUAUUGAUGAAAGAAAAUGACAGGACUCAAGUGCAGCCUCUAGAAACUUUGAAACUGGAAGUUGAAGAAAGUGAACAAAUAGUUCAGAUUUUUGGAAACAAAGCUGAACAAGUGGAAGACAUUAAAAAAGAGACUGAAAAAUCACCUAAGGGGAAGGGAAGAAGAAGCAAGACAAGAGAUCCCUCUUUAGAGAAUAUAAAGGUUUUGCCAGAAAGCCAGGAAGAGGAAACAAAUGAAACCCUCAUAGAAUCUGAAAGGUCAGAAAUUUCUUCCUUAGACAGUAAAGAGUUUUCCACCACUACUGAAAAUGAAACAGACCCUUGUACAAAAGAUAAGAAGCUUUUGAAAAGGAAAACGUUGGAACAGACAUCGCCUGAGAAAAAGGUACGACGAGAGUGUGAGAUGGAAGUGCCAAAUAUUGUGUCUGAGGAGAGGACCAAUGAAUGUAUUGGAAUGGAGGAAUGUAAAGACUUCCAUGAUGAAGAGUCACUCAGAACUGAAAAUGAGGAAAUGCCGUCUUUAGUAGCAGAGUCAGAUCAACAUGUUCAAGAGCUGACGAAUGAAAACUUUGAAUGUAUGUCUGAGGAAAAUGAGCAUAUUCCAUUAAAAGAUGAGGAUGACACUAUGCCUCAGAUUGGACCUGAAACUCUACUUUGCCAUGAAGUGGACUUGGAUGACUUUGAUGAAAAGGAAAAGAGCAGUAGUGAGGAUGCAGUAACAGAAAAGCCAGACCCCAACACUUUGACCUCAAAUCCAUCUGCCUUAACCCCUGCAGUCCAGCCUAACUUCUCUGUGGCCUCGCCCCUUGCUCUUAGUCAGGAUGAAUCUCGCAGUAUAAAAAGUGAAAGCGAUGUAACGAUUGAAGUGGACAGUGUGGCAGAAGAAUCUCAAGAGGGUCUCUGUGAAAGCGAGUCUGCUAAUGGAUUUGAAGCCAGUACCACUUCAAGCAAUUGUAGUAUAGCAGUACAAGACAGAGAAACUGGAGAGAAGGGUCAAAAAAGGCCAAGCGAUGGCAAUAGUGGGACACUGGCAAAGAAACAAAAGCGUACUCCAAAGCGAUCAAGUGCUGUAGCCAAAAAUGAAAAGAAUGGAACAGGACAAAGCAGUGAUAGUGAAGAUCUUCCUGUCAUGGACAGUUCAAGUAAAUGUACUCCAGUAAAACACAUAAAUGUGUCCAAACCACAGAAGCUUGCGCGAUCCCCGGCAAGAGUAAUUUCCCCUCACAUCAAAGAUGGAGAAAAGGAUAAACAGAGAGAGAAACAUCACCACAGUGCUUCCCCAAGAGUGUAUAAAUGGAGUUUCCAACUCAAUGAACUAGACAACAUGAACAGCACUGAGAGAAUCUCCUUUCUACAAGAAAAACUACAGGAAAUCCGAAAAUAUUACAUGUCCCUGAAGUCAGAAGUAGCAACAAUAGACAGAAGAAGAAAACGAUUAAAAAAGAAAGACAGAGAAGUGUCUCAUACAGGAGCAUCCAUGUCAUCUGCUUCAUCAGACACUGGGAUGAGUCCGUCAUCAUCUUCUCCUCCCCAGAAUGUGCUUGCUGUAGAAUGCAGAGAAAGGGCACUUAUCAGAUUUGAAAAGUUAUGUCCAAUGAAGCAUUCAGGUGUUCUAGGAAAUCAUAGAAAAGCAAGUGCAUCAAACAGACAUCAGAAUAUUAUCAAACAGAAUCAAGUUACUGCUGCACUUUCACCCAGCUUGUAUGCUAACCCUUGGUGAGUAGUUCCUCUUUGUGGAAGCACUUGCUAUACAGAACUGCCAAAGUAUGUGUUCAGCAAUGUGCCCAGUUUUAAAGAUGUAAAUGGGACAAAAUAAAUUGUGAAAGGAAGUGUAGUUGACUGAAAACUACAGUUGUAAUAAGUCUUCCACUUUUUAUAGGAUUUUUGAGCACACAAUUAUGCAAAUAUUUUAAUGUUUAUUAAUGUUUACAGUGGAAUUGUGAAUAGGUUUUCAGUGGACUAUCUUAUCCCUUGACAAAAAUAUUUUGUCUUUUUUCUAUGUAAUUUCAGAGUUUUUAUUUUGUUACAAAAAGACGAAAAAUGAAAUAUAUAACAACAAUGAAGUUAUUUAACAAGAUUUCUAAAGCUGAAUUUUUUUGUGUAAAAUAAGGUAUCUUGCAACUUGUUAAAUAUAUUUAUUCAGACAUUGGAUGUUGUAUUUUUAUGUAUUUUUUAAAAUAUUAAUAAAAUUGGAAAAAAAUUCUAGGUUAGUUCACUCUUUUGAAAAAACAUACCUAUCAGUUGUAGCUCUUACAGGAGGUUUUAUCCAGUAGCCAUGCCUGUAUGUGCAGUGGGUCUGUUUAUUCUUCCACAAUGUAGAACUGUAAUCGGGCAUCUGGAUUAAACUAUAACCUUGUUUGGAAACUUUGGCAGUCCUAGUACUUAUGUUGUUUUGAGGAACAAAUUUUAUUGGGUUGCCCUUAAGAUGCUUUGUCACAGUUUUUAUGUUUGCUAUACUGCCGAAUGAAUUUAUAUCUCCCAAAGUUGAGAUGCAACAAUAAAGUAAAGCAACUGUGUAUACUUUGUCUGUGGAUUGUCCCACGGGCUGAUGCAGUUUGUAAAUAACUCUUCCAAAACCAUGUAUUUAAAACAGUUCGCAUAUACAUUAUGUAUAAAAGUGAUUUUUUUAUCAAUUUUUUAUUCAUGUUUGUACAUUGAAAGGGGUUUUAACCCCUCUUUCUGUGUUUAAAAUGCUGUAGAGUAAUAACAUAGAUGCUCUAGACUGUAUAUCAGGAUAUUAUGGUUCACACCGCAGAAAGUCAGAGCGAAACACUAGUGAUGGGGGUAGCAUUACUAAAAUUGAUGUUUCUUGAAACUUCAUUUUACCACAUUUGUCAACUUGUGAUUCCAAUUCCUUCCAUUUUCGCAGAGAAUUAAAGAAA